AAAGCUGCUUGCCCCCACUUUUGUUUUCCCUCCCCCUUCAGCUUUCUCCAAACUGUCUCCUCUCGGACCCCCCCCGGUAGUCGCCACAGCGGGACCGUGAGGUCCGCGCCCGGCGCAGGACCUAACUUGGCAAAGAAGCCGGAUAUUUUCGCAGUUAGAUCAUGGCAACCAUAGAAGAAAUUGCACAUCAAAUUAUUGAACAACAGAUGGGAGAGGUUGUUACAGACCAGCAGACUGGCCAGAAAAUCCAGAUUGUGACAGCCCUUGAUCAUAACACACAAGGCAAGCAGUUCAUUCUGACAAAUCACGAUGGCUCUACUCCAAGCAAAGUUAUUCUGGCCAGGCAAGAUUCCACGCCAGGGAAAGUUUUUCUUACAACUCCAGAUGCAGCAGGUGUCAACCAGUUAUUUUUCACAACUCCUGAUCUGUCUACACAACACCUCCAGCUCUUAACAGAUAAUUCUUCUUCAGACCAAGGACCAAAUAAGAUUUUUGAUCUUUGCGUAGUAUGUGGAGACAAAGCAUCAGGGCGUCAUUAUGGAGCAGUAACUUGUGAAGGCUGUAAAGGAUUUUUUAAAAGAAGUAUCCGAAAAAACUUAGUUUAUUCAUGUCGCGGAUCAAAGGACUGUAUUAUCAAUAAACACCACCGAAACCGCUGUCAAUACUGCAGGUUACAGAGGUGUAUUGCAUUUGGAAUGAAACAAGACUCUGUUCAGUGUGAAAGAAAACCCAUUGAAGUAUCACGAGAAAAAUCUUCCAAUUGUGCUGCUUCAACAGAAAAAAUCUACAUUCGAAAAGACCUUCGAAGCCCAUUAGCUGCAACUCCAACUUUUGUAACAGAUAGUGAAACUGCAAGGUCAACAGGACUGUUAGAUUCAGGAAUGUUUGUGAAUAUUCAACAGUCUGGAAUAAAAACUGAGUCAGCUGUGCUGAUGACACCAGAUAAGGUUGAAUCAUGUCAGGGAGAUUUAAGUACACUGGCCAGUGUGGUUACAUCAUUAGCAAAUCUUGGAAAAACUAAAGGACUUUCUCAAAAUAAUAAAAUGUCUAUGAUUGAAGGAUUAAGCAAUGGUGAUACUUCUGUGUGUGAAUUUAAUCAAGAAAUGCAUACCAACGGUGAUGUGUCAAGGGCAUUUGAUACUCUCGCAAAAGCAUUGAAUCCUGGAGAGAGCACAGCCUGUCAGAGCUCAGUAGAGGGCAUGGAAGGAAGCGUACACCUAAUUGCUGGAGACUCAAGCAUAAAUUACAUCGAAAAAGAGGGGCCACUUCUCAGCGAUUCACAUGUAGCAUUCAGGCUCACCAUGCCUUCUCCCAUGCCGGAGUACCUGAACGUGCACUACAUUGGGGAGUCUGCCUCCAGGCUGCUGUUCCUGUCGAUGCACUGGGCACUUUCUAUUCCUUCCUUCCAGGCUUUAGGGCAAGAAAACAGCAUAUCAUUGGUGAAAGCUUAUUGGAAUGAACUUUUUACUCUUGGGCUUGCCCAGUGCUGGCAAGUAAUGAAUGUGGCAACUAUAUUAGCAACAUUUGUCAAUUGCCUUCACAGUAGUCUUCAACAAGACAAAAUGUCAACAGAAAGAAGAAAAUUAUUGAUGGAGCACAUCUUCAAACUCCAGGAGUUUUGUAACAGCAUGGUUAAACUUUGCAUUGAUGGAUAUGAAUAUGCUUACCUGAAGGCAAUAGUACUCUUCAGUCCAGAUCAUCCAGGCCUAGAAAACAUGGAACAGAUUGAGAAAUUUCAGGAAAAGGCUUACGUGGAAUUUCAGGAUUAUAUAACCAAAACAUAUCCAGAUGACACCUACAGGUUGUCCAGACUACUACUCAGAUUGCCAGCUUUGAGAUUGAUGAAUGCUACCAUCACUGAAGAAUUGUUUUUUAAAGGUCUCAUUGGCAAUGUGCGAAUUGACAGUGUAAUCCCACAUAUUUUAAAAAUGGAACCUGCAGAUUAUAACUCACAAAUAAUUGGUCAUAGCAUCUGAAAGCUGAGCUCAGUGUAAACUUAUUGUUCUUUCUCAGACAGAACACAAGAAGACACCAAAUUGAACUCAUUGUUUCCAGGGCAUCUGGAAAUUUUGACUUUAAAGAAUAACCAAAAACCAAAGUAUUUUUAUUUUGACUUUCUGAAGAAGAAUUUUCAAAGUGACUGGGAGAUAGCAGAAAUUAGAAUUUCCCUACCUGUCUUAUUUAAAAAAGAAAUACUAUGAAUUUAUUCUAGGUUAAGAUGAUACCUAAAGCCGUCACCUUUUAACUAUCUAAACUAAGAUCUCUCAUUAUAUCUUAUUUGGUAAAACAAAUAAAUAAGUCUUUUUUUUUUUCAGAAUUGUGUUCUAUUCAUGUUUAAUUUCCUUAUGAACUAGUAGAAACACUUAAUUGUCAGAAAUCUCUGAGGAU